AUGGCCGCGGAACAAAGAAAGCUGCUCGAGCAGCUCAUGGGCGGCUCGGCCACCACGCGAUCGGCCUCGCUGUCCAUGACCGACCCCAAAGUCUGCAGAUCUUUCCUCGUCGGCACAUGUCCUCACGAUCUCUUCACAAAUACCAAGCAGGAUUUGGGUCCCUGCCCAAAGCAGCACUCGGAGGCGCUGAAGGCUGAGUACGAGGGCCUGCCUGACAAGGACAAGCAAAAAUAUGGUUUCGAGUACGACUACAUGCGCGAUCUGCAAAAGUAUAUCGACGACUGCAACAGGAGAAUAGACGCCGCCCAGCGCAGGCUCGAAAAGACACCGGACGAAAUUAGACAGACCAAUGCUUUGUUGAGAAGCAUUGCCGACCUGUCAUCCACGAUCCAGAACGGCACCCUUGAAGUCGAGAUCCUCGGCGAGAUGGGCGAAGUUUCCCGUUCAAUCGACGAAUUCUAUCGCGUGCGACAGGCACAACAGACGAAGCUGGACCGCGAGAAGGAGUUGAAGGCACUGUCCGACACCUCAGGUCCGUCUGGCCACCAGAAGCUACAGGUAUGCGACGUGUGUGGCGCCUACCUGAGUAGGCUCGAUAACGACCGUCGCUUGGCCGACCACUUUUACGGAAAAAUGCAUCUUGGCUACGCCCAGAUGCGCAAGACAUACGAGGCCUUCCCCAAGGAAAUGCGCCACCGAAGGGCGCCCGUAGAAGAUGACGGCAUGGGCCAUGGUGGCCCGAGGGGUCCUCGAAGCGGUGGCGGCUACCGUGGGCGCGGUGGCAGGGGAUACCGCGGAGGGUGGUAG